AUGCUAAGAAACGUUGUACGUGUCAAUACGCAAUUAAGGAAUGCAUCAAAUAUUCCUCCUGGAUUGUCGAACAUCGUGCCGCAAUAUACUCAAUUGUUCAUCAAUAACGAGUUUGUCGACGCAAAGUCGGGAAAAACCUUUGAAACAAUAAAUCCAGCAAACGAGAAGGUUAUUGCACGUGUUGCUGAAGGAGAUAAAGCUGAUGUUGAUAUUGCUGUUAAAGCUGCAAAGAAUGCAUUUCGCACUGGAAGUGAAUGGCGCCGUAUGGAUGCUUCAGAACGAGGAGUUCUUCUCAACCGUCUCGCUGACUUGAUGGAACGAGAUCGUGUGAUUCUUGCGUCCUUGGAAUCCCUUGACAAUGGAAAACCAUAUGCGGUGGCAUAUGCUGCAGAUUUGGCGCUUUCUAUUAAAUGCCUUCGGUAUUACGCCGGAUGGGCUGAUAAGAACCACGGAAAAACAAUUCCAAUCGCCGGUGACCAUUUCACUUACACUCGCCAUGAGCCGGUCGGCGUGUGCGGACAAAUUAUUCCGUGGAACUUCCCGCUUCUGAUGCAGGCGUGGAAAAUUGCCCCAGCUCUCGCCAUGGGAAACACUAUUGUUAUGAAGGUUGCUGAGCAGACCCCAUUGAGUGCCCUCCACGUUGCCGCUCUUACAAAAGAAGCUGGAUUCCCAGACGGUGUCUUAAACGUAAUUCCUGGAUUUGGACCAACAGCUGGACAAGCUGUAUCUUCGCACAUGGAUAUUGAUAAGGUCGCAUUCACCGGAUCUACAGAAAUCGGUAAAAUUGUCAUGAAGUCCGCUGCGGAAUCAAACAUCAAGAAAGUCACCUUGGAACUCGGUGGAAAGAGCCCAAAUAUAAUUUUUGCGGAUGCAGAUCUUAAUGAGGCCACUCAUCAGGCUACCCAUGGAAUUUUCUUUAACCAAGGACAAUGCUGCUGUGCUGGAUCACGAACAUUUGUUGAGGGAAAAGUUUAUGACGAAUUCGUGGCAAGAUCGAAAGAAUUGGCUGAAAAGACAGUUAUCGGGGAUCCGUUCAAUCUCAGCACCACUCAAGGACCACAAGUGGACGGUAAUCAGGUGAACACUAUUUUGAAAUACAUCGACGCUGGAAAGAAGGAAGGAGCGCAACUAGUUACUGGUGGAUCGAAACAUGGGGACAAGGGGCAUUUCGUAAAACCAACUGUUUUCGCAAAUGUUCACGACCAAAUGAAGAUUGCUCAAGAGGAAAUCUUCGGACCAGUGAUGAGCAUCAUUCGUUUCGAUGAUAUGGAAGAUUUGGUCGAAAAAGCAAACAAUACUAUUUAUGGAUUGGCUGCGGGAGUGAUGACCAAGGAUUUAGAUAAGGCACUUCACGUAGCUAACACAAUCCGUGCUGGAUCAGUCUGGGUUAACUGCUAUGAUGUAUUCGAUGCUGCUGCCCCAUUCGGAGGAUACAAACAAUCAGGUAUCGGCCGCGAACUUGGGGAAUAUGGACUUGAAGCUUACACCGAAGUGAAAACCGUCACCAUCAAGGUCCCACAAAAGAACUCCUAA